CCGCCUUCUAUUUAAAAGAGGCGUGGCUCGCCAGAGAACGGGUGGGAAAGUAGUUCGGACGGACUCUACGCAGCUAGCUUAGUUAAAAUGGCGGAACUCAAGGAAGACGACGCAGUGCAGCUUCACCAGGAGGACGCCAAUAAUAAAGGAGACUCUGUGAAGAUGGCAGCAGCAUCCGAGGACGAGAGCAAGCAGAUGUCUGACCAUCAUGUCACAUCCAGUGAUCUUGUGAAAACCGAGGACCGUCAAGCACAAGCUCCUGUGUCUACAAUGUCAGAGAGACAUGUUUCCAUCCAGACGUCACUAGAAGGUCUGGAGAUGCUUGUUGACUUAAAUGGAGCCGGUAGGAAGUCUUGUCCGUUAUGCCCAGAGGAGAAGUUCAAGGCCUGUUACAGCCACAAACUGCGACGUCACCUGCAGAACCUUCACUGGAAAGUCUAUGUGGAAUUUGAAGGUCAGAGAAUGUGUAUCUGUCACCUGCCAUGCAGACAGAUGAAGUCCAGCCAGGGAUUAGAUCAGAGUCAGGCCCGGCUAGUAGCACACUACCAUUGCGUGGUGUGCUCCGUCACCAUUGCCCGGAAAACUGACAUGAUCAGCCACCUCAAACGGCACAUCAACAAAGGCGAGACCGAAGCCAGUUAUUCGGGGACUUCGGACACAUCGUUUGAAGAACCGGUUCCAGGUCAGGCUUAUGAGAUCAUGAAAGAACUGGGCACCAAUGUGCAGCUCAUGCCCAACCACAGCACACCCAUGAAGACAGACACUUACUUCAACCGCAAGAUGAAGACCAACAGGCAGUUGGUGUUUUGUUCUCUUGCUGUUCUUGCUGAGGAAAGGAGUCCACUCGAAUGUCUGGAUGCUUUUGGUGCCACAGGUAUAAUGGGCUUACAGUGGGCCAAGCAUCUCCGCAGUGCCGUUAAAGUGACCAUAAAUGACAUCAACGAAGCCUGCGUCAAUAUGAUCAAGGAGAACUGCCACCUCAACCACAUCGGUCUGGAGGCGGAGCAGGCAGAUGACAGCGACGACCCCGUCAACACGGUGGAAGUGACACAGAUGGACGCCAACGUCCUCAUGCACCUGAGAGCUUUUGACUACAUACACCUCGACCCGUUCGGGACCUCUGUGAACUACCUGGAUGCCGCCUUCAGGAACGUACGCAACUUAGGAAUCGUUUCCGUGACGUCCACCGACACCGGCUCGCUCUACUCCAAAUCUCUGAACGUGACUCUUCGGCAUUACGGCUGCCAGAUCGUCAGGACCGAAUACUACAGAGAGCUGGCGGCACGCAUGGUGGUGGCCUCUCUAGCCAGAGCAGCAGCACGCUGUAAUAAAGGUAUCGAGGUUUUAUUGGCUGUGGCUCUGGAACAUUUCGUGCUGGUGGUGGUGCGAGUGCUCCGAGGCCCCACGCAGGCUGAUGAAACGGCCAAGAAACUGCGGCAGCUGCUGCACUGUCAGUGGUGUGAGGAGAGAGUGUUCUUUAAGCCAGGCAGCAUGGUGGAGGAGAACCAGUACAGACAGUUACCGUGUCAGUGCCAUGGCAGCAUGCCCGGGAAGACUGCGGUCGAGCUCGGACCUCUCUGGUCAGGGUCUCUGUUUAAUACUGGCUUCCUGAGGCGUAUGCUGGUGGCAGCGGUGCAGCACAGUAUGGAGGACAUUCAGCCUUUAGUGAAGACUCUGAUCUGUGAGGCAGACUGCACCACGCUGAAAUCCUUCUCAGUCACAGGACAACUGAUUCUAACCAACCAAGCUGGUUUAGAGUCGAUUCGGUGUGCUGAUUGUGGCAGCUCGGCGAGGCCCGGACCACAUGGUGCUUUUGGGAUGUUUACUCCAGCUUGCUACGACACAAAACACCGUCUCGCCCAUCCCCUGACCCCACCCUUCAUUCGCACACUGGCACUCGACUACACCCCCCUCCACAGAUACAUCGAGUGUGGCGUCGUCAUCAAAACCUUACAGAAGGUGGAGGAAGCAGACACCGUUGAUCCAUCAGGAAAACGCAGAAUCGGAGAGGAGUCUAGUAACGUGUUGAAGAAGCUAAAGUCAGACGCGUCCCUGGAGCAUCCUGCGUUCUACUACAGCAUCCAUCGGCACAGCAUCCGAGGCAUGAACAUGCCCAAACUCAAUAAGUUCCUGCAGUACCUGACCGAGGCCGGAUUCAGGGUGAGCCGCACGCAUUUUGACCCGACCGGAGUUCGCACAGACGCCACACUGGAGCAGUUCAAGUCUGUGCUCACCAAGUACAGCGUGCCGACCUACAGCUCAGGACCAGCUAGCAGUCUCAGCACAGAGGACAUGACGGCUAAAAAGGACUAAACGUGGCCGCAUGCCAACAGCGAUGUUAAUAAUAUGAUGGUGUUGAGAAAUGUUGCUGUGGCAACGUGAUAUCACAUAACUGUGGGUGCAGGGUCCUGGGGGGGGGUUGUGUGAUACUACUGUACUGUAUAGUACACCACUUAGAGUAUUACUGUAUUAACCAGUAUUGAUAAUAAUAAUGACAUGACCAGUGUUCCUGCAUUUUAAAAUGAUUUUAUAUUAAAAGUAGAUUUACUCUAAAUUGAUCUUAUACACUGAUGAGUGGUUGCUAUAUAAUACAGUUGUACGCACAGGGAUCCUAAUCCUAAUGCACUGAGAUUUUGUGCCAUUUGUUCCAUUUUGUUUGGCUUUCUUUCUUUAAUCUUUCAAUCUGAGCCUGUCUGCUUUCAGUAUCGAAUGCUCAUAUUUAUGUUUUUCCACGUUGGAAUAUGAAUAUUUUAAGAGCAGUUUGACCUUUUUUUUUUUUUUGAACGUGAUGUAAGAUUUCUGUAUCGUUGAGCUGUAGCUUCGGUGCUGCCGAGUCCGAUUUAUACAACACUGUUGAGUUAAAACAUAAAUAAAUUAACUCCUUAUAACAUGAACAAACCAAAUGCUGUGUUUUAGUAGAAUGUAGAGACUUUGUGUAUGCAAAUAGUUUAAUUUAGUUAGUUUAAUUUAAUUCAAAUCCUGAAGCGUGUUUGAGUUUGCGGAUGGAGAAUGAAACGUUUUCAUACAGAA